UUUUUUUUUUUAUUUUGUCGGUCGGGGAAAAAGUGGGCGUUUCAAACCCCUAAAUGUGCAGCCGGGUCAAUCGGAUGUAUUUCAACAAAUCGUGAUUUCUCUACAUGAUCGACCGAGCGCAGCACCGCUUUUCGUUUUAAUCGCAGAACCUUUAAACGCCGCGACCAAAUCGAAACCGGCUCGUUCUGCUUUCGUUAUUCGGCUAAUCAGGUUGGAUAUCGCCGUGCGGAUAAUAGGGCGAAGCUCGUAUCGUCGUGUCUUUUUCGAUCAAACGUAAUCGUAGCUCUGCGACAAAACCUGGAUUGCAGCAUGAAUAAUCUGGAGUGCGGUGUUCGUCUGUGAAAUUACUGUUAAUUAUUCAAAUCAAGAAACAUUGAUGCUUGAAAAACUGACUCGCCUGGAUAUUGUCCACCCUAGGACAAGUUUGAAAAAAGCUCCAAAGCUAGGGAGUGACGUUAUCGGUUUAAAAAGCAAAGUUGUUGAUUAUAAAAUCUCAGCGAUAAUACCAGGGGUCACGAAAAUAUCAAGGAUCGUGUCGAUUCGACCGAGGAGAUAUGAUGAAACAUAAAAUGAAUUCGUUAGUUGGGACUUGACGAGAGAAGUGAAAAGGAAUUGAAAAGAAGAAAAAAUACAAGGUACCCGAAUUCAGAUGUGAACUGCAUUCAUAACAUCGUUGGUAAUAUCAUUGCGCGAUGAAGACCGAAGGAAAGUUUCUUAACAAGGUUUUAUCGAUAAGAUUUACGAAAAUGAGGAAACGGCUCGUGCUCGGAUUCGCCAGUGUGGUAUUCCUCUUCAUCCUAGUGAUAUCGAGCGACAGUGACAUGAUACAAAGGGUUACACCCUUCUUGGGAUACGCUCAGGAACGCGACGUAUCCUGCUACGAAGAGUCCUCGACGAUCGACUCGAUCGAGCAAUUCGAAUCCGAAGAAGGUACGAUUUCGGAAAGACGGAUAUUCUUCCACGAGACGUCUUGCUUCGGGGAGGAAGGCGCCAUCCUAAACGCCCGUCAAGCUUGCGCCGUCGAAUCGGCGGCGAUGAUGAACCCGAAGACGACGGUUUACCUUCUCUUCGUAAGUCCGGUAAAGUUCUCGAACGCCUCUAAAGAGAUAGUCAGGCAGUUGACGAGCUACGAGAACGUCAGGAUACGACACAUUUCCAUGGAGAGGUACACGAAGGGAACCCCGAUCGAGGAAUGGUACGCCACGGACGUUCUUAAGACAAGUCGAUGGCCCAGGAGUCACAUGUCGGACAUACUGAGGUACCUCACCCUCUGGAAAUACGGUGGGAUUUACCUCGACCUCGACGUCGUCGUCACAUCGAGUCUGGAACACCUGACGAAUUUCGCUGGUGCCGAAGACUGGGAAGAUGUGGCUGCCGGUGUUUUGGGCUUCGAGAAAUCGAGCUUGGGUCGAAGGAUGGCUGACGCUUGUCUGCGGGACCUGAAGACCAACUUCCGGGGUGACGUGUGGGGCAAUAACGGUCCUGGGGUGAUAACGAGGAUCCUCCAAAAGCUCUGCGCUACCAAAUACGCUCGAGAUAUGACGACGAUUCGGUGCCAUGGUUUCACCGUCUAUCCACCAUCGACUUUCUACCCGAUCCAUUACAAGAAAUGGAAACGCUACUUCGAGGAGACGGACAGAAACUCGACGUUCAAAAUGCUCGAGGAUUCCCUCGUCAUUCACGUAUGGAACAAGCUAAGCAAGGACCAAAAAAUCAACGUCGGUAGUCGGGCUCCUUAUGCCGUUAUUGCUCAAAAACAUUGUCCCAAAGUCUACAGUCACUGCGGGAAAGUAUUUUGAAGGGAAACUGUAAGUAUUACUUUUAUAAGCAAUGCGAAAGAAAUUGUACGUAUGUACAACAACAUGUUAGGUGUGUUGGAAAUUUUUAAUGAAAUUGCAGAAAUCGAUGUUAAGCAGCGGGAUGCGAAUGCCGAGUUUUGUGAAUAUGGCUGAUUAUUCGUACACGUAUCAAUGCAGUGGACAAGCAUACAUAUCAAUUCUUGAAGAAAUAAAUGUGCAUUAUUUUCAUGCCAAAAUUUUAAAGCAGAUAUCAACUGUUACAAAUAGAACACAUAUCGGUUCACCGUAUCAAUUAUACCAAGUCUGUAAUAUACCUUGAAUGAAAUACUGGGUCAAUCUGUGGAUUGUCGUUUCAAGAUUCAUGGCGAUUUCGAACAUUGUCAUUCACGGCUAAAAGUCGAAUUUCUCCAUGAAGGGGGGCCAUUCAAGUAUAUUAGUCACCUUAUAGCAGUAGACGUUUCAGGUAAGCGUUAGCUAUCACAGGAAAUUCGAAGUGAAGUGCGUGCUCAAAGCCAAUACACCGCCUGCUUGAAAAUAAUGACAAAUUUUCUUUAAAAAGAGGUGUUAAUAGUGCAUGAUUUGCUCAAUAAUAAUAUCUUAGUAAAUGUAAUGUUUGUUGCGUGUAUUUAAGAAGAAAGACAAUAUAUAGUGUAUUUAAUACUCAAUGAAUAAUGAAUUCACCUUUUACUGAACAUUUUAAUGUCUAUUAAUAAUUAAUAAUAAUUAAUAUUUAAUAAGGUAGGAAUAAAUUGACCGGAAUAUGACUACAAAUAGUAGUCCACAAAACAAGCCACGUUACUAAUCGUUGUCACUUAUAGGUGUGGGAUGAAAAAAUACCCAAAACAUUUGUUAGUCAAUACUUGAUUGGCUCCAUUAAUCGGUAAGGUUACGUUCAAAGUGAGCAAGCUCUACAUCUGCAGAGGGGAUGAUGAAUUCAUCUUUACAUUGAAAAUAUUUGUCAAUUUGACGUAGAUAUUCGAUAUCAAGAUUGAUUUAUUAUAUUGCAUGCAUUCUGGUGAUUGAUGUGGCGCAAUUCGAGUUGUAAAUCCAAAAUAAACGUAAAAUUGAGAAACGACUUCAUAAUCUUAAAUCUUUAUAUACCUGUGCUCUAUAAGUCUGAAACACGUUGAGUUAUUUUUACUGGCAAUGGAGUUACAGAUAAAAUAAAGUGACAAUACAUUAUCAGAAAUAAGUGAUACACGAAUAUUGUCAGAUUUUAGAAUUUUCCAUCUAACAACUGUGAUGCUAAAUCAUAAAAAGAGCGAACGGUGAAGAUAUGCUUAUUAAUAACGUUAAUUCAAGGGAAUCGAAUAUUCAUGAAUCAUAAGUAAUUGGUUCGAACACUCCGAAU